GCAGCGGAGAAGCAGAAGAUUUAGAAGCAGAAAAUCAGAUACAACAGAAACAAAAGAUCUGCUCUGAUGCACCAGCAGAGAAACAGAAGCUCGGCUCUGAUCCACCAAGUGAAAAGCAGAAGAUCUGCUCUGUUUCACCAAAAGAGAAACAGAAGAUCUGCACUGAUCCAGCAGCAGAGAAACAGAAGAUCUGCUCUGAUCCCCCAGAUAAGAAGCAGAAGAUCUGCUCUGAUCCACCAGGUGAAAAACAGAAGAUCUGCUCUGAUUAACCAGAAGAGAAACAGAAGAUCUGAACUGAUCCAGCAGCGGAGAUACAGAAGAUCUGCUCUGAUCCCCCAGAUAAGAAGCAGAAGAUCUGCUCUGAUCCACCAGGUGAAAAGCAGAAGAUCUGCUCUAAUUAACCAGAAGAGAAACAGAAGAUCUGAACUGAUCCAGCAGCGGAGAUACAGAAGAUCUGCUCUGAUCCACCAGCGAAGAAACAGAAGAUCUGCACCGAUCCAGCAGAAGAGCAGCAGAAGAUCUGCUCUGCUUAAGAAACACAUGAUGUCCUGUUAGAAGUCUCCUCCUGGUCUUAGUGUCCACUUUCCUACAGAGCUCAAACCUACGUGCACAAACACAUCAGCAAGGUCAGCAAGAGGCAAAAGCCUCACUACUGAAAUCAGGAGGAAUCAAAUACAAGAAUAUGGAGUCCCAAAGAAGUUCGGCUGCUCUACAGACGUCCUCUGGUGCUCUCCGCACUGAUGCAUCUCGCAGACGAAGGCAGAAGAGUACCAAUGAGGAGAGACGUCACUGCUGCUCAGAGUGCGGAAGAACUUUUACUCAGCUGAGCGAUCUCCUAAAACACCAGAAGAUCCACGAAGAAGAGAAGCCGUAUUCCUGCUCGGAGUUCGAGAAGAGUAGAGACGGGAGUACCCCCAAACAGCACCAGAACGUUCAUACGGAAGAGGACCUAUAUGAGCACUCGGAGAGUGGGAAGAGUUCCCCUCCACAGAGUGAUCUGCAGCUACAGAGAGAGAAACCGUAUCACUGUUCACACUGUGGAAAGAGUUUUAAUCUAGAAGGGGAUCUGGAAACACAUCAGCGCAUCCACACAGGAGAGAAACCGUAUCAGUGCUCAGAGUGUGGGAGGAGCUUCAGUCAGCAGAGUCAUCUCCAAUUACACCAUCGUGUCCACACAGAAGAGAAACCAUACUGGUGCUCAGAGUGCGGGAAGAGCUAUAGCGAUGGAAGUGCCCUCAAAAAACACCAGAGUGUUCACAUGGCAGAAACGCCGUGUCGCUGCUCGGACUGUGGGAAGAGUUUUAAACGACAGAGCGAUCUGCAGCUGCACCAGCGGAUCCACACCGGAGAGAAACCACACAACUGCUCAUACUGCGGAAAGACGUUUAGACAAGCAGGUACCCUCAAAAAACACCAGCGCAUCCACACAGGAGAGAAGCCGUAUCACUGCUCGGAGUGCGGGAGGAGCUUUAAUCAGAUCAUUCAUCUCCAAGCUCACCAGCGCAUCCACACAGGAGAGAAGCCGUAUUACUGCUCGGAGUGCGGCAAGAGUUUUAAUCAGCACAGCAAUUUCCAUCUACACCAGCGCAUCCACACUGGAGAGAAACCGUACCGCUGCUCAGACUGCGGAAAGACGUUUAGACAAGCAGGUACCCUCACAAAACACCAGCGCAUCCACACAGGAGAGAAGCCGUAUCACUGCUCAGACUGCGGGAGGAGCUUUAGUCAGAACAUUCAUCUCCAAGCUCACCAGCGCAUCCACACAGGAGAGAAGCCGUAUUACUGCUCGGAGUGCGGCAAGAGUUUUAAUCAGCACAGCAAUUUCCAUCUACACCAGCGCAUCCACACUGGAGAGAAACCGUACCACUGUUCGGAGUGCAGCAAGAGUUUCAGGUCCUCUAACAAUUUAAAGACCCAUAAAUGCACCAAGAGGGAGGAGCCGUACCUUCAACAGUCUGCAGACGCCGGUUCCUCCAGCAUUCCUUCUGAAAUGAAGGGUAUUAAUAGUGAGUUUGUGCAGCAGUAACAGCCUCUUCUGGGAGGGCUUUACAUUUGAUGUUGGAACAU